AUGUCGAGCAGAAGGUCUAGACAGUCGUCAUCAUCAUCAUCACCAGGUUCUUCUAGGAUUUCAGAUGAUCAAAUUAUCGAACUUGUUUCCAAGUUGCACCAAUUUCUUCCUGAGAUUCAAACUCGUCGCUCCAACAAGGCAUCAGCAACAAAGGUGCUUCAAGAAACAUGUAACUACAUUCGAAGCUUGAACAGAGAAGUGAAUGACCUUAGUGAUCGACUUUCUCAGUUGCUAUCCACAAUAGAUACAGAGAGUCCAGAAGCUGCAAUUAUUCGUAGUUUAAUAAUGUGA